UUAUUAUAAUUAUUAUUUAUCUUUUCUAUAAAUAAUCAAAUAUCCCUAUUAACUAUACUUCAUAUUAUGAAAUUUUCUCUUUGGUCCAUAUGCUAUAAAUCCUAAAACUGUAACAACCAGUUACAAUUAUUAUAAAUUAAAAAGAGUAUAUAAAAAGUGAAAAAAGUUAAAUGAUGUCAAUUUCUAUGAAACAAAGGAGAGAAUAAAAAAAAUAAUAAUAAUAAAAAAAAAAAAACCGAACUAAAUGGUUUACUAAAAUGCAAAGUUUAUAAAUAUGCCCCACUUAGCCACAUACACUUGAUCUUAAAAUGAUCUUCCACCAACCAAUAACACAUCCACAAAAAAGCCAUGUCACCAUUUCUAAAUGAAACUCAAAGAUAAGAAACAACAACCACCAAUGACCACCAUUGUUUAUUUUACAUCCAUUUCUUCAUUCUUCGCUCCAUUUUUCAUCCAACCAACUUUCUUCUUCCAAAUUCUAUCAUAAUGAAAGCAAUUGCAUCUGCCCUUCAUUCUUCUCUUUGUUUAUCACCUCCAUUGAUCCCACCUUCAAAUCCAAAUUUUGAUCAAUUAACCCCAAAAUCCAAAAGCAUUCUUGUUAAUAACCCACUUUACACCCAAACUCAUCCCAAUAUCUCCCUCCAAUUCAAAGAAAAAAUCCUCUGCCUUGAAAUCCUCGGUAUCGAUUCCGGUAAGGCGCUCGCUCUUAACCCGUCCCUCCACUCGACUUCUCUCGACUCGAUUCAUGCCAUUAUAUUAUACCUUCAAUCUAAAGGGAUCCAACAAAAGGACUUGCCCAAAAUUUUUGGGAUGUGCCCUUUGAUUCUUACCUCCAACAUAAAAACAGAUCUCAACCCUGUUUUCAAUUUUCUAUCUUUUGAUCUUGGAGUUCCUGAUCAUAACUUUCGAAAAGUGAUCAAUAAAUGUCCAAGACUAUUAGUUUCAAGUGUUAAUGAUCAACUGAAACCUGCUCUUUCUUAUCUUAGAAGACUUGGGUUUAAAAAUUUUGAGGGGUUAGCUUAUAAUGAUCCAAUCUUGUUGGUAUCAAAUGUUGAGAAUACAUUGAUACCGAAACUCGAGUAUUUGAUUGAGUUGGGUUUUAGUAGAAAAGAAGCUGUUAGUAUGGUUUUAAGGUGUCCUGCUUUGUUUACUUUUAGUAUUGAGAAUAAUUAUAAUCCUAAGAUUGAGUAUUUUCUUGAAGAAAUGAAGGAUAAUUUGGAGGAAUUGAAGGAAUUUCCGCAAUAUUUUGCUUUUAGUUUGGAGAAGAGGAUUAAGCCGAGACAUUUGGAGGUUUUAGAGAGUGGAUUAAAGAUUCCUUUAUCAACUAUGCUCAAGGCUACUGAUGAAGAAUUCAAUGAGUUGAUAGCACAUGGAAAAAAGACAGAAUUUUGCUCGAUAGUUGGUUAAGGAUUUGGGGUGGUGCUAAAGACUUCCGAUUAAAACCCGUCUUUAUCACAACCCUUUAUGGUUCCCAUACGGCCAUACAUCAAAAGCCUAUAUUUGUCACGAUUUUUUUUCUUGAUGUGCAAACUAGGUUAAUUCUUCUUGGCCUUCCUAAAUUCAAAGACCAGUGUUCGGAUAUUGUUAUAGUUGUAAUUUAUUCCUUAGAAAUUUACAAUGUAACUUUAGAUGAUUGUACAUAGAUCAUAAUCCUAUCUCCAUUAGAAAAAAGCAACACUUAAUGUUUCACCUUGUUCUUUUGUCGUUUGGGCGAAAA